AUGGCAGCAUUACCCAAAAGAAUCAUCAAGGAGACCCAGAGACUAGUCUCGGACCCCGUCCCUGGCAUCACUGCCACACCGUCCGAAGAGAACUUGCGGUAUUUCCAGGUGACCAUUGACGGACCUUCGUCGUCACCAUACGCCAAAGGUCGAUUCGACUUGGAAUUGUUUUUGCCUGAUGACUAUCCUAUGUGUGCGCCUAAAGUGCGGUUUUUGACGAAAAUAUACCAUCCCAACAUCGACAAGUUGGGUAGAAUCUGUCUCGAUGUGCUCAAGGAUAAUUGGUCGCCUGCUUUACAGAUUAGAACCAUAUUGUUGAGUAUCCAGGCAUUGCUAGGUGCUCCGAACCCAGACGAUCCGUUGGCCAAUGACGUUGCUGUAGACUGGAAAAGCGACGAGGCUAAGGCUAUUGCAACUGCUAAAGAGUGGACAGAGAAGUACGCUGUUCCAAGCACUGACUCCUCGUAG